AUGCGAAAUACGAACCCUAAAGAGGUCCCAACUUCCGGGCAAAUGGCUCGUGAAAUCAUUAGAACAGAAGGUUUUGGAACGACGGGAAUUUUCAGAGGAUUAACAUCGACCGUUGCACGAAAUGGUACCUGGAAUAUGGUAUACUUUGGGUUAUACCACAACGUUAAGGAAUUCUUCCCAGAUGCGAAGGAAAGCCCAUCAAUGAACCUUGUCUACCGCAUAUUACUCGGAUUUUUGGCAGGUUCCUUGGCUUCUGUAGUGAAUAUUCCAUUUGAUGUUGCCAAGAGUCGGAUUCAGGGCCCACAACCCGACCCACUUAACCGGAAAUACCACGGUUGUCUACAAUCGAUGGGUCUUGUUUAUAAAGAAGAGGGUUUCUUUGCUUUAUAUAAAGGUCUCCUCCCAAAAAUUAUGCGACUCGGACCUGGCGGUGCUAUAAUGCUGAUUGUCUACGAUGAAGUGUACAAAUACUUGCGCCAAUAC